ACAAUCGCAGCUCAAACGGUGCGCAAUAGGGUUCGGCUUACUAAAAAAUUCGAAUUUCACUUCGAGUUUUACACCCUUUAUUUUGACGUCGUAGAUAUAUUCAUACUGCCAUCAAAAUGUCAACUCCCGUUGGUCCGGAGCCCUGCAACGUGGUCUGCCCCAGUUGCCACCAACAGGUCACCACCCGUAUAGAGCCGAAGGCCACCACCAAGACGCACAUCAUAGCUCUGAUCAUGUGCCUCACCUGCUGCUGGCCCUGUGCUUGCUGCCUCUACUGCACCCAAUGUGCCCGGAACGCUGACCAUCACUGUCCCUCAUGUAACGCUUUUAUUGGCACCUACGAGCGCUAAGGAACUUCUGGCAGAAGUCUUUGCUUUUCCGUGGUCUGCGGCCAGCAGCCGUGACGAAAUGCAAUCCAAAUCAUCUUUAAACUCCGUUGUUACCUCUCUCACAUUUCUUAAUACGCAAUAUUUUGUAAGCACGCAAAACAUUGUUGUACCAACUUAAGCUUUUUGUAAUUUUAGCACAGCAAUAAAAAGAUUCAAGAAAGAAA